CGCCGUUUCAGCUCGACCCAAUGCUUUGCCCAUCCCCAGCGGCAACCCUAUCCCGAAACGGCGCCGGAUAUCCCCGUUGUUAAGCCGGAGCCAGAGAGCCCGGCGUGGAGCAAGUGGGAUUCGGCGGCAGCUGCGGAAAAGACAAAGCCGAGAGGGAGAAUUUGUAAAGUUUUCUCUUUUAUUGGGUGGGAACUGGGAAACCAUUUUCUUCUGGGCAAGAAAAGAGAGGAGCCCUAGUUCGAACUUCAGUCAGAUGGGCAUUCCUCACUGAUUUCUCCGGGUUGAAGGUGCUACAAGUUGAAAAUGUUUGCCAGGGAGUUCUCAGUUCAGUUGUAAUUUUCCUUUGCUGCUAGCUGUACCUCGAAUUCCACGCGAAAUUGCUUGUUGGUCCGAAGCAUGUAUAGGAUUUCUGGCCGUGAUGUCUCUGCGCAGGGAGGAGGAGGAGGCGGCGGCGGCGGCGGACCAUCAUCGGCGACGGCGAAUAAUUCAUGGGUGUCGCCCACAUCAGUGUCGACGUCGGGGAAGAGGAUACAGAGAGAGAUAACGGAAUUCAGCAUGGAUCCGCCGCCUGAUUGCUCUGCAGGGCCCAAAGGCGACAAUCUCUACCAUUGGGUCUCCACCAUCAUUGGCCCUUCAGGAACACCCUAUCAAGGUGGCAUAUUUUUCCUUGACAUAAUAUUUCCAAGCGACUAUCCAUUCAAACCGCCAAAGGUGGCAUUCAAGACCAGGAUUUACCAUUGUAAUGUCGAUUCUGCUGGCAAUCUAAGUAUGGACAUCUUGAAAGAUAGCUGGAGUCCAGCUCUCACCAUCACUAAAGUGUUACUUGCAGUGAGAUCAAUUUUCACCAACCCUGAUCCUUAUAAUCCUCAAAUUCCUGGUAUUGCACACUUGUAUCUGGCGGAUAGGGCAAAGCAUGACGAGCUGGCUGCAGAGUGGACUCGGAGAUUUGCCAAGUGAUCAUCUGAGAAAUAGCCCUUGAAGUAGUUCCGUUGUUUGUUGUUUCAUAUGUACACAGUUUGGUCAUGGUUACCACUUUACUCGUAAGUCGUAAGUGAAUAAAGUGAUGCUUCUUGAAGUGGAUGCAAACUUCAACUAUGUCCAAUGUACUUUGGUCCUCUACCUUAUGGCCUAAACCAUCGAGAAGGAAAUGCUCAAGGAUCCCACACCUCCAACAUCUAUCGCUCAUGUAUGAACUAAUGGGAAGAUCAUAGAGGAGAAGUCGAGACCUAGCAAAACAAGUAAACUUGAAGUAUCUCA